AUGUCGAAGCUGUUCAUUGGUGGCCUUGCAUGGCACACCGACGACACCUCUCUUCGCGCCAAGUUCGAAGAGUACGGUAAGGUCGAUGAAGCGAUUGUUGUCAAGGACCGUGAAACCGGUCGUAGCCGUGGCUUUGGCUUUGUGCGCUUCAGCCAAGAUGAGGAAGCCGACACUGCAAUCCAGGCGAUGAACAACGUCGAAUUCGAUGGUCGUACCAUCCGCGUUGACAAAGCUUCCGAGCGUGGCUCCGGUGGAGGAGGAGGAGGUGGCGGCGGCUUUGGUGGUCGUGGAGGCUACAAUUCUGGAGGCGGAGGAGGUUACGGUGGAGGGGGAGGUGGAUAUAGCGGAGGUGGAGGAAGCUAUGGUGGUGGACGUGAAGGUGGAGGUGGAAGUGGCUACUCCGGAGGUGGAGGUCGCGGUAGCUACGGUGGUGGCCAGCACUACUCCGGUGGUGGUCAGUCUUACGGUGGCGGAGGUCGCUCUGGAGGCUACGACCAGCAGCAAGGUGGUGGUGGCAGCGCCCAGGGCGGCUGGUAG